AAAAAAGGGAGUCCCAGUUAAAAGAAGACAACAUAUAAAAAAAUAAAAGGAAUAAAAAAGGUAAGCAAAAAGGAAAGGUGGAGAGUCCACAAUAAUUGGCAUCAAAUGCUUAUGGGGAUUCGCACUGUUGCUGAAUUCCAAGAUCUGCAAAUUUCAAUUAUGCACAUAUUUAUACUAAUAAUGAAAUUUCACUUUACAAAAAUUAAAAAAGGAAAAAAAAACCCAAACUUUUUUCUUUAUUUUCCUUCAUUGCUUUGCAAAGAUUCACUUUCUAUUGGAUGGAGAGGUGUUAAGCUAAUCUCUUGUCUCUCCAGCAACAAAAAUGGAGAUAGUAAACUAAAGCAAAGAACCCCAUUCCCCAAAAUUAUAUAUAAAACAAAGUAACAGUAGCAAAGCUUUUAGUUUGUAGUGAGAAAGUAAAACGCAUAACCGAUUAGGGUUUCGUCGGAAAGUUGCCCACAAAAAGGAUUCGAUUUGGGGGAUCGAGUUUUCGAUAUUGAUAUGACAUUUUUCUUUUCCUUUUCGGCAAUUUGUCAUUGUAUGCGAGUGAUUCAACCGUUGGGUCUUUGUUGAGCUGAAAUGAACAAUAAAGUUAUACAAGUUACAGAACAAACAAGUUUGACACAAGUUACAGUGUGUGAUGAUGGGAGGAGGAAUUUCUAUUUUCAUAUUUGAAUUUGGUUUGGGUUUUUGGUAAAGCCAAAAUUUGAGUGAGAUAGGUGGGAAAAAGAAAGAAACGGAAAUUUUGACCACAGAAUCGAACACUAGGUUUCAUCAUGUGGAUGAUUUAGCUUCUAUUAUGAACCGACCGGCCGUAUCUUUCCAAUCAACUACUACUACUGCUAUUAGUAGUAGUUCUGAGAUGAUUCCGAUGGGUGGUUACUUUGCACCGCCGCCUAUGUUCUUGCCUGGGAAUUCCAGUAUUAUUACAUCCUCCCCUGCCCUAUUACAACCGGGAAACUCUUCUGGAUCUUCCUUCCUUGUCGACUCUGUUGCAGGGCUCAAUCAUGAUACAGGGUUGGCGGUGGAGUGGUCUGUUGAUGAACAGUAUAUAUUGGAGGAUGGCCUUGAAAAAUAUAAAGAGGAACCAAAUAUUUUGAAGUACAUAAAGAUUGCAGCUAGCUUGCCUGAGAAAACUGUACGUGAUGUUGCAUUGAGGUGUAGGUGGAUGCAAAUAAAGGUACUUUUUGGAAAUUGGCAGAGAAAGCGUAGAAAACCUGAGGAACAUAAUGCGGGAAAGAAGGUGAACAACAGGAAGGAUAAGCUGGUGGAAUCAUCUUCUAAGAUGACUAUGCCUUCACCUCUGCCACCAACCAUGGCUGCAUAUCCUCUCAUGAUGCGUCAUCUGGAUCAGAAUGAAAGAACGCCUUCUGAAGGAAUAUGUGGUACAACUAUGCAUCUUUUGAAGCAAAAUGCUCAAACUUUUAGUCAAAUCACAUCCAAUCUUUCUCAAUACAAGUUACAGGAUAACAUUGACCUCUUUUGUCACGCAAGGAACAAUAUUACUGCCAUGCUAAAUGACAUGAGAGAGAUGCCAGGAUUAAUGAGCCAUAUGCCACCAUUACCUGUAUCUGUUAAUGAGGAUUUAGCAAAUGGCCUCUUGCCUGGAGCAACUAAUGUCUUGCCUCAGACAAUGAUUUUUGGCUCGCCAAGUGGGAUCCAUCUCAAGCAGGAACCGAGGUGCUGAUAUGGGAUUGUUGAGAUCGAGAUUGGAUAUAUCUGGUUUGUGUAAUUACCAAAAGAAAGAAAUAGAAAUCGAGUGUAAAUGCCAUCAGGAGCUUUUAGGAUGCUGUCUCUUGUGUAAACACAAAUACUCAUCACAACAUUGGGUGCCACCAUGGAAGAUUUGUGGAGAUCCCCCCAUUUUUUGGAACCUGAAAAUGCUUACCCUCCAGAUAUCAAAUUCAAGCACCGGAUAAUAAUUGCAGACCACUUAUCAAUCUCCUUGCUCCAGGAAGGAAAAACAGAUCUCUAACUGGUUUAGAUGAAUUUUGCAUUGAAGCUUAUUCAUGUGUAUAAUUUGUAACUUGCAAAACACCUAGGAGUGAAUCCUUAUUUGGUGCUUUUGAAUUAUGCAAUUGCUUGUAUUCUGCCAUCUUCUUUUGUUUCAGUAUUUGACCAAUUUGAAAUGCUUGAUCAAUUUCAACUCA